UGUGGAGUCGUGGGCAGUGGGCACACGUCUUGUCGUCGUGAUAAGUGGAGUAUUGGUAAUUGGUGUCUGGAAUGGUAGAUCUCAAUUCACAAGUUAUAAUUUAUUACAUUUUAAAACAUCAAAUACCUGAUUUCUAUCAGUUUUUUAAUAUAAAAAUUUGCUAAUGUCAAUACUCUGUUGAAAUUUUGAGGAUUUUCCGUGACAAUGUGUAGCGUUAACGAAGAAGGUGCUGAAGUCUUCGAAGUACUCAAACCUAUUGAACCAUUAGAAUUAAAAUGUCGUAAAUGUUUAAUCGAAGAUGGAAAUGUUGUUUUACAAAAAAAAUUUGUGUACUGCAAGACUUGUUUUGUGCCUAUGGUUACUCAUAAGUUUCGUGCUACUGUUGGCAAAUCAAAAUUAGUUAAUAGAGGUGAACGCGUUCUAGUAUGUGUAAGUGGCUCCCAAUCUUCAGUAUCUUUACUACAUAUGAUAUGGACUGGACUACAACAAUCUACUUACAAGAGAUUAACAUUUGAACCUGUAGUGUUAUAUAUUGAUGAAAGUGUUUUACACGAUUAUCCCCUUGAUCAAGUGAAGAAAAUUAAAGAACUUUUUGAAAAAUAUGGUUUAACUUACCACAUAGUAAAGUUUUCUGCAGCUGUUUAUUUGGAUAAUUGUUUGAAUAAAGACACUAAUGUUGACCAAUAUAAUGAUAAACUACAAAAUAUUUUUAACAAUUUAUCUGACCUUACAUUAAAAGAAGAUAUGUUAAUGAAACUUCGUAAACGUGCAAUAACAAAAUUAGCUGAUCUGUUAAAAUGUACUCGGAUAAUGACGGCAGAAAACGAACAUAAAUUAUCUAUUCGAUUGCUUUCAAAUGUAGCUCUAGGUCGUGGAUCUCAAAUAUCUUUGGACAUAGGGCUUGCCGUUAAUAAUAAAAAUAAUAACAACACAUCUUUAGUUACAAUUCGACCAAUGAGGAAUCUGUCCGCUAAAGAAAUUUCAUAUUAUGCCUUGUUCAAUAAGUUGGAUGAUUUUAUGCAUUCAAAUUUCUUAACAGCUACUAGUGAAGAUGAAUCGAUACAAAAAACUACGGAACGGUUUGUAAACGAUUUGCAAGUCGAUUUUCCUUCUACUGUGUCCACAAUAUUUAGAACUGGAGAAAAAAUAUCUGAAAAAACAUCAGCUAUAGCUUAUUGUUUAUUAUGCCAAGGCAUUAUGGAAGUCAACGUGUCACCUUCCUCAGCUAUGGAAGCAACUAAGUAUUCGAAAUAUGUUUCGCUAAUGGGAGUUAAAGCAUUAAAACUUAGUUUAAAAGAACUUAAAAAUGAAGAGACCAAUGAAAAAAAUUGUAAUGGGUGCAAAUGUAGAAAUAAACAGGACUUAAAAGAAAAAAUUAUUGAAAGCUUGUGUUAUGCUUGCACACAUAUAAUUCAAGAAUUAGAAUCUUUGGAUGAUUUACCAGAAGAAAUACUCAAUAAAGAAAAAGAAAGAUUGCAAUUUAAAAAAAUGGAAGAACAAAUAAAAGAUUUUUUGUUGUAAGAUUUGUAAUAAAUGGUUAACCUAAGUAUACUAGUAAACUGUA